AUGGUUUUGAACGGCUCUCUCGUGAGUUUCGCGGGAGGUAUUCAGCUGCUGGCGGGAGAAGACACCACUGUGAUUUUGCCCGUUGUUCUGACCACAGUUUCCACGGUCGGAAUCUGCGGGAAUCUCUUGGUUUUGCUCGUGCUCAUCCACAGUUUCAAAACAGGGAGAGGGUCAGAGGCGCACGCACUGCUAGUCAACAUGAGCACGACUGACUUGUUGAUCCUGGUUCUAUGCGCACCAUUGCGGGCGGUCACCUAUCACAGACGCAUAUGGACGCUUGGGUACCUUGCAUGUAGGACGUCGGAGUGGUUACAGCAGAGUUUCUUUGCUGUCAAAACUUUGACACUGGCGACAACGAGCCAUAUGCGCCACAACUUUUCUUCGUUUACCAGGAAUGACUUUCCUUUCAGGCCGAGACGCGCGCUGGUUACCGUGGUGACCACAUGGAUAGUUGGACUGGUCCUUCCAAUUCCUAACGUUGUGUUCUCAAAGUUGCAGUCCCGUGGAAAUCUGACUUUGUGUGUCUAUGAAUUACAUCCUCAUUUCUCAGACUUCAUGGGUGUUUUCAGCAAGAUGCUCCCACUCACCGUUCACGCUGUUCCCUGUAUUUUCGCUGUCGUAUGUUAUAUCCGAACCAUAAUCCUCACCAAACCGAGGGCACACGAGAAUCCUGCACGUCAAAUGGAAAGCUCGCUGAUGCUUUUGAGUGUCACAGCUGCCCAUGGACUCAUGCUGCUGCCGGAGUGGAGUUCCUGGAUGUGGGCGCGACAUAACACCGACGAAAGCUGCAAACCACCGGCGGCUUUGCUAAUAAUCUCGCAGGUUUGUGCUUAUCUGUCUAGUGCACUCACUCCCGCUAUCGUCUUAUCUAUGGUUGAGCCGUUCAGAGAAAGCCUGUCCUGCCUGUGGUUGCUCGCAACUUGUCGAGACAUUAAGCACAACCCGAAAGCAGAGGGGAAUGGGUCCGAGGUUCGAAACAUCGUCACCAACGCGCUGGAUAACUUAGGGUCUGUGUCUCAGUCCUCUGUGACGGGGGCCUGCAUAGACACGUUUGGUCGUACUCUUCCAGACCUUGAGCAUUUUUGGACGGAACGCCGAAAUACUACAGUUGCGGAAAACCACGAUCCGUUUCCAUGGGAAAGACUUGAGCAAAGCAGUUCGGAACUUCGACCCUUGUGA